CGUGACGUCAUCGUGAGGACUUUUCAUCCUCUCGCGUCCAGACGCUCGUGCAGCCGCGGUGGUCAGUGGAUACCGGAGACGCUUCGCUGAAAAAUGCUCCCGUUAUCCGUCAAAGAUGACGAGUACAAACCUGCCAAGUUCAACUUGUUGGCCAAAAUCUCGAGCUGGUUCAGAUCAAUUCUUGCGGAUAAGACGUCUCGCAAUCUGUUUUUCUUCCUGUGUUUGAAUCUGUCCUUCGGUUUCGUGGAGCUCAUGUAUGGCAUAUGGAGUAACAGUUUAGGUUUGAUAUCCGAUUCCUUUCACAUGUUCUUCGACUGUACGGCUCUCCUGGCAGGCCUCGCAGCAUCUGUGAUCUCACGGUGGAGAUCCAAUGACUCCUUCUCAUACGGGUAUGUCAGAGCAGAAGUUCUCGCGGGCUUCGUGAACGGCCUUUUCCUGAUAUUUACCGCCUUCUUUAUCUUCUCAGAGGGAGUAGAGAGAGCGCUAGAACCCCCUGAUGUGCACCAUGAACGGUUACUUCCGGUGUCAAUAGCAGGACUCCUGGUGAAUCUUGUAGGAGUAUUUGUUUUUCAACACGGAGGACACGGACACUCUCAUGGUGAUGAAGGUCAUGGCCACAGUCAUUCCCUAUUUAAUGGCAGUGCAGGGCACGGCCACAGUCACGAGUCUAAACACGGACAUGAUCACGGUCACUCGCAUGGAGGACACGGACAUUCACAUGAAGAUUCGCAUGAAGAUUCACACUGUCAUGAUGACCACUCGCUCACAACGGGAAAAGGCUCCAACAAGCAGAUAUUACAAGGAGUUUUUCUGCACAUCGUCGCGGACACGUUGGGCAGCGUUGGCGUCAUAAUAUCAGCCAUCCUGAUGCAGAAAUACGACUUGAUGAUCGCCGACCCCAUCUGCUCCAUGCUCAUCGCUCUGCUCAUCGGCGUGAGUGUGGUUCCACUGCUCAGGGAAUCCAUGGGGAUCCUGAUGCAACGGACACCUCCUUCUCUGGACCACGCCCUUCCUGAAUGCUACCAAAGGGUCCAGCAGCUUCAGGGUGUUUACAAUCUUCAAGAGCCUCAUUUCUGGACACUAUGCACAGACGUCUACAUUGGCACACUUAAACUCCUUGUAGCGCCUGAUGCAGAUUCUAGAUGGAUUUUGAGCCAGACACAUAAUAUUUUCACGCAGGUUGGCGUCAGACAGCUGUAUGUUCAGAUUGAAGUGGCUGCCAUGUAGGAGUCCACCAUACUUCUCCUGAUCUCUGGGAGUCCUGGGACCAAAGGCCUUCUGUGCUGCUGUGGGGAAGUUCUCCACCCCAACCCAUUUCUUUUUGGGUUUCUAUUGCUCCACCUCCUUGAUGGAGGUGGUGCAGUCCAGCAGUCUGACUCUUCACUCUUACCAGGAAAACCAACGAAAAUAACAAAUGACCAGCUAUGACAGUGCGAUUUUGUUUCGGAGGGAGGCAAGAACUUGCAACAUCACUGUUGCCAACACAUUACCCUCGGUCAUUUGAAGUGCAUUCUUUGAAGUAAUCCCACCGGACUGUUUCUUUCCUCUUAAUUAGAUUUUUCAUUAUGCGAAUGAGGUUUUAAUUGUUGGCGGUAUGAGUGUGUGUGGAGUUCAGUGGACGUCAAAAUUGCUUAAAAGUGUUUUUGUACAUUUGCAUCUAUUUUUUGUUUUUGCACAGUUGUAAAGAGAUGCAGAAUUUCAUCACGAUGCCAUUAGAAACAUAAACAGAUUUGUCUGCAUUUCUCAAGUGCCUUUUUGUAAGUGAUCAUGAACAAUUGUGAAUACACGAAUGGACCUUUUUUGACUUUGCGUCCUGUGUACGAUUAAAACAUUCCCUUUGCAUUA